ACCCCUUUGCUGAUGCAACAAAGGGUGACGACUUACUCCCGGCGGGGACUGAGGAUUACAUCCACAUCAGGAUCCAGCAGCGGAACGGCAGGAAGACCCUCACCACUGUCCAGGGCAUUGCCGAUGACUAUGACAAGAAGAAACUUGUGAAGGCUUUCAAAAAGAAAUUCGCUUGUAACGGCACCGUGAUCGAGCACCCCGAGUACGGAGAAGUUAUCCAGCUGCAGGGGGACCAGAGGAAGAACAUCUGCCAGUUCCUCCUGGAGAUUGGCAUCGUCAAAGAAGAACAGCUGAAAGUUCAUGGCUUCUAA